GGCUUUCGCGUCCCCUCGGUCCUACCCCGCCCGCUCUGCUUGUAGCCGGAGCGCACGGUCCGCUCUCCUCCGUCACCCUGAGCUUUCCGCGGCGCUUCCCGCCGCCCCUGCGCAACCCCGCCCCGCCUCGCGCGCGGCCUUGUGCUCCGGUUCCCGCCCGGCCUCCGGACCGCGGUACCCGGCCCUCGCCUUCCCGGUCAGGCGGGCAUCCCGCGGUGCAAGCACAAUGCUCUUCUAUUCCUUUUUCAAGUCCCUUGUGGGCAAGGAUGUGGUCGUGGAACUCAAGAAUGACCUGAGCAUCUGUGGAACCCUCCAUUCUGUGGAUCAGUAUCUCAACAUCAAACUAACUGACAUCAGUGUCACAGACCCUGAGAAAUACCCUCACAUGUUAUCAGUGAAGAACUGCUUCAUCCGAGGCUCAGUGGUUCGCUAUGUGCAGUUGCCAGCAGAUGAGGUUGACACACAGUUGCUACAGGACGCAGCAAGGAAGGAGGCCCUGCAACAGAAGCAGUGAUGGCUGCUCCUCCCUUUCCCUCCUUCCAUCGGUGAUUCUGAGCCUCAUGUCCCAGCUCAGGAUGCCUCCCUCCCAUACUUGAGGUGUUGUUUUUUUCACAGCAAAGUUUUUGUGUUUUUUUUAAGGGAUGAGUGGAUGAGAGUAAUAAUAAUGGAGAGCUACUCUCCUGUAUUGAGAAGGGGAGGAAAAGGAAGCCCGGGAACUGCGAAGCCUUCCCUAUCCCCAGCACCUGCCUUUCUCACUUCUUCCCUGGAGGUGGGAGAAUCUCCCAGGUCUUUCUAGGGUAGCAUGUGAUUCAUUCUGGGGAUGGAAGGAAUCUGUCCCGCAUCGGGAAUAAAAUUUAUGAUGCAAAUUC